AUGUUUGUUGGUCGAAAACUAUUGCAACAGACAAUCACAUUAUUCGCCCAAGUCAGAAUGGUUUCGUCGAGUUCUUCUGGUUUUCGAGUGGCCUUACUGCAGUUGACUGUCACAGCCGAUAAGUCGACAAAUGUGGCCAACGCAAUAAAACGUGUACAACAAGCCAAACUGAAUGGGUGCACAUUAGCCAUAUUACCAGAAUGCUUUAACUCUCCAUAUAACACUGCUCUGUUCAGAGAAUACUCGGAAGUUAUUCCUGGAGGUGAUACAUGUAAAGCUUUGUCUCAAGCUGCCAAAUCAAAUGAAAUGUAUAUUGUAGGUGGUUCGAUCCCAGAGAUAUGUGAUGACAAAGUGUACAACACGUGUACAGUUUGGGAUCCAAAUGGAAACCUGAUAGCCAAACACAGAAAAGUGCAUUUAUUUGAUAUAAAUAUUCCUGGUGGGGUUUGCUUCAAAGAAUCUGAUGCUCUAGCAGCUGGGAAUGCACUAAAUACAUUUCAGUUGGGAAAAUUUAAAAUCGGUCUAGGGAUCUGCUAUGAUAUACGAUUUGCAGAAAUGGCAGCAAUAUACCGAAAACAAGGUUGUGAUAUGUUAAUCUACCCCAGUGCCUUUAAUAUGACAACCGGGCCUUUACAUUGGAGCCUAUUAACUAGAUGCCGAGCAGUAGACAAUCAGGCAUUUGUAGCUGUUGCUUCACCAGCCAGAGUUACCGAUUCUAAUUAUGUGGCAUGGGGUCAUUCCAUGGUUGUCGAUCCAUGGGGUAAAAUUUUAGAAGAAGCUUCUGAAAAAGAUAUGGAUCUAUAUGUAGAUCUUGACUUUGGUGAUCGGGAAAACAUGAGACAGCAAAUACCCACUGAAAAUCAAAGAAGAACUGACUUGUAUGAUACAAUUGAUUUGAAAAACAAAGUUUGA